AUGAAUCGAGAGUUCCGAAAGGAAGCCGCCAUCUUGUUUGUUUACACUCAUCUCGAGGGAAUAUUUAUACGAACUUUAUUUUAUUUUAACGGUUUAAGACAGGAUUUUAACCAUUUAAAGAUGACCUCUGAUGUGAGUCACCUAACUUCAGUAUUCCCCCUACUGGUGGACUCCAUCUUCAUGUCCUCCUCCCUGGCCGUGAUUCUGAUCGACUGGAACCACAGCUUCCUGGAGAGGUCACUGCUCAGGCUGAUACUGAGUUAUCUCCCUCGAUGGAGAUAUCGCAACAUCAGGCAGGAUGUGUACAUAUGUCUGGUCAUUUUGGCUCUUGCCAUUAUCUACAUGAAGAAGUUGUCUUUUGACAUGGAAGUUUGUAGGAUUAUUUUCGUUGCUGUUGCUGUCCAGCUGUCAUUCUGGCUCCAGAGUAAAACAAGAUUAGAAAAUGUGUCUGACAAAUGCAUUGGUACCUCUAAGAUAAAGGUAUCCAACAAGUCAGUGGGAGAGUCCUUGGUUACCAGGGACCAGGAAGUCAGUGUCUCCACCUGCUGUGAGGAGGGGAUACCUCAAUCCCUGCUGUCUCUGCUUCCCUCCUCCUCAGAACCUCAGUCUGAGGUUGACAUUGAGGAGGAGAUGAGGCAGGAGUACGUUAAAGACUUUCGGGAAAAGUUUGAUGAAGAGAUUGUUCCCGAGGAGAAACUGGUGACAGCCAUCAAGUAUUUGAACACACGCAGGGGAGGUAUUGCUGCUCACAGAGAUUUUGACAAGCUGAUGCAUGCAGUGGACCACAUUGAUAAGUUCACAAUGAGUUCACGCCUGGAUGACUCGGGAUUCCCGCAGGAUUAUUCCUACGAUGAGUUGCGCCACAUCAUGGUAGAGGAGAAGAAGUAUAGACCCCAGGAGUUCUGGAGAGUGCUGGAGAUAUGUCUGGAGACCAGUGGUUUCCUGCCUUCUCCUGAGGAGUUUGAGGAAAUCCGCAAUGAAACGAAAGGUAUAGUUGAACUGGAGGAAGAAGUGGAGGAGGUUAGACAGGAAGUGGAGGAGACCCAUCAGGCCCUGGAGAGGAGUAUGAGGGUGGUGGAGGAAACCACACAGGAAGUGGUGGAGGCUAGACAGGAAGUGGUGGAGUCCCGCCAGAAGUACAGGUCUCUCAAACAGAGGCUGCGACAGAGGGAUCAGGCCUUACAGCAGAAGGAUAGAAUGCUGGAGCAGAAGGACAGAAUGUUGGAGCAGAAGGACAGAAUGUUGGAGCAGAAGGACAGAAUAAUUCAGCAGGAGAGACAGAGGGUGAGAGAGCUGGAGCAGAACCCUGAGGGUGAGUUCCAGAAACGUCUACGAGAGCUGGAAGAGGAAAACCGACGACUGUCUGCCAAGUCGAAUCGUGCUGUGUGUAAGAUCUGUAGAGUGGAGGAGGUUCAGGUGGUAUUCUCCCCUUGUAACCACCUGGUCUCUUGUGAGGGGUGUGUGCCCAGUCUCCCUCAGAACAAGUGCCCCAUGUGUAGGGAAACAAUUCAGGGUACAGUCAAGAUGAUUUUAGCUUGAUUGAGUAUCAACUUAUUGUUAAUACCAUUAUAUAUUUCAGAGAGUGUUGGCAGCAUAGAAAUGUAUUUUAAAGACUAUGAUUUUACUUUUAUCUCUGAAUUUUUGAGAGUAUCCUAACAGAGGUAAUUUUAAAAAGCAUUGGUUUUGAUCAUGUCCAAGUGCUUUAGAUAAAAUUGACUCCAAAAUUAUUAUUUGUUUUCCUCCUGUAGAUGAGUUUUAUGGGGAAGCAUUUUUCAAAAAGAUUUUUAUUCUCACAUCUGGUAUGGUUGACAUAUGUAGCAAACUGUUUGUGUUUGUUACUUAAGAGUUUGUCAGGAGAUUUAAUUAUCCAGAAUUAUUCAUUCUUGUUUAUGAAUGUUUGUUAAAAAAAACUAGAAAAACAUAUUUUGAAUUAUAGUGCAAAAAAUUAACCCUUCAAAUACUGAAUAUGUACACUGAUUUUGUUAACGAAUCUCCAAAUGUAUUUUUAGGAAUUUUUAUGUAUUAACUGUGUUUUAAGUAAAAAGAGAUGUUUUGGUCAGUGUCUUAAAUUUCUAGAUUCAAUACUUACGGGCAGCAUGUGCAAUAGAAUAUUGAGUGAUUGUUUUAUGUACAACGUUUAUACAUGUAUAAAGAAAAUGAAAGUGCUGGAAUUAUGUUUAGAUCUAAUAAGUUUAAAUAAUUUCUUAAUCAUGUGUAAAUCAUUUUGUUCUUAUCAUAUACAUUUUUUAAAUAUAUUUACAAAUUUGUGCAAGUACAUAUAGUCUGGUAAAAUUUUAUCAUAGUUCUUAUGUUUUUAAUUAAUGUAGUGCAUAAGCUUCAUGGAGUUGAAUUUCUGUUUUGUGUUUGUAGCAGCUCAAAAACUGGGAAUUAAGUUUUACCGCUACUUGCAUGCCGUUGCAUAACAUGUACCUUUUAGAUUUGACAUUUAAGAUCAUGAUGUAUAAAGAUUGUGCUAGUGUUUGUGUGUGUACAUCCAAGUACAAGGCUGUGAUAAUGUAUGAGUUAGACGUGGUUGUGUGAAUGAUUCAAUGAAAGUUUGUGUCUUUGUGUCUCAUGUUCAAAAAUACAGGUAUAAAAUGUACAGCUAUUAUAUACUCUCAAUUUGGCAGCAGUUGUAUUGUAACAUCUUGAUUCUCAGUCAGAGACUUGCAUAAUUAUAUGCAAUAUUUUUAAAACCAAAAAUAUAUGUUCAUGUGUUCUUGAAUAAUUUUUGAAAGUGUAACAUA